AUGAUGCCACUAUUGGAGUCAGCCAAGAAGACCAUUCCACAAGACAAGCAAUCGUCAACUCCAAUAUAUUUGUUGGCUACAGCUGGAAUGAGGCUCGUUCCUACAGAUCAAGCAAACGCCAUAUUAGAUGAAGUUAGAAAACUGUUUCACGAUAAGGCUAAAUGUCCAUUUUUAUUCCAAGAAGAUGUAGAUGUUAGAAUCAUUUCUGGAACAGCAGAAGGACUUUAUUCUUGGAUAACUGUCAAUUUUUUGACGGGCAUUUUUGGUGCAAAUCAAGCCUCUUAUGGUAGUUUAGAUUUGGGAGGGGCAUCGCACCAAAAUACUUUAGAUUUGAAAGGGAAAAAGAAUCCUGAAACGUUUUCCAUUUCAGUGGCAGGAAAAAACUAUAACGUUUUUGCUCGUAGUUAUUUAGGUUUC